AUGAAGACUCUGACCCUCGCCCUCGUGCUCCUGGCUUCAGCGGCGGUGCUGCCUGGCGCUCAGGCGGCGCCCUUCAAGAAGUUCAAGAAGUUUGGCGGCGGCGGCUUCAGCCACGGCGGCGGCGGCGGCUUCGCCCAGCACGUGCUGAUUCCCACCCCGAUCUUCGUACAGCCCACCUACGGCUCUGGCUACGGCCUCGGCGGUGGCUUUAGCGGUGGCCAUGGAGGUUUCGGAGGCGGAUUCGGAAGCAGCGGAUACGGCGGAGGAAUUGGACACGGUGCAGGAUUCGGACACAGCGGAGGUCUCGGUGGAGGAUUCGGACACAGUGGAGGACUCGGUGGAGGAUUCGGACACAGCGGAGGACUCGGUGGAGGAUUCGGACACGGCGGAGGAUUCGGCGGAAGAUACGGUUCCUACGGACGGUAA